UUCAGCAGUGUGGACGUAAAAUCUCAGACUCCCGCGGAAUCAAAAUUAUUUUAGAAAACAUUCGAGCAGGCAGUGCAUUAUGGCCAAGUGUUGUGUGUGGCUUAAAAUUAUUGUACUAGCUUUAUGCUGCGGCCUGAACAUCACGCUAUUUAUAUUAUCCUAUGGCAUUAGCUAUCAGCAUCUACUUACCGAACAACACAUACAAUUUCGUGAGGUAAUGCCCACUAUGGACGAGUGGAUAAACUCGCCAUAUGGAAAACUUAAGAGCUAUCUAUUUAAUGUCACAAAUUCGGAGGAGUUUCUCAGCGGUCUUGAUGACAAAGUAAAGUUAGAAGAGGUGGGACCUAUUACCUAUAAAAUGCUUGGCUUCAAUGAUAUACAGCAUCGCAAUGAGAGCAGUGUCACCUAUCAAAAGCAUCGCUAUCGCCAUGUGGAGUUUUGGCCUGAGGAAAGCGUUUCCCCAGAUAUUUUAAAUAAAACAAUAAUACAGUUUAAUACGGUGCUUAUAGGCGCCGCCGCCACCCUGGCCCCCAGCCUGGCCACCGUACCCUUCUCACACAUUGCCUUUAAUUCGCUUACCUUGUCCGAACCGUUAUUUGUGCCCGGCAGCGUUUACUAUUUUCUUUGGGAGUUUACGCGCCCAACCCUCCAGUUUCUCAGCAAAAUUACGUCACUCUCCACCAACUGCGGCACACUUCACAAUGCACUCAUGGAGAAGCAAGAGAUUUAUACAGUGAACAUUGGACCCAAGCAUGGCGUGGAAAACUUCUUUCGCCUGCAGAGCUUCAACAACGAGCAACUUAUUAAGGAACGUCGCGAGCUCGGUUCCAGUGACUACGAUCCAAGCUGUCCCAUUAAUGUCACUGGCACCCUCGACAACUCACUGUACCCGCCCUAUUUGCAAAAAGAAACGCCCCUAAGUAUUGUAGCUACAGAAUCCUGUCGCGUGCUCCCUUUGCAUUAUCAGCAUGAGCAGCAGCAUGAAGGCUUUGCCAACUACCGUUAUACCUUGUUGCGUGCCAAUCAAACCCCACCCAGUUGCAUGAGUAAAACUUAUGGCGUCCCAUUGCCUCCUGGCAUGUUUGAUGUCUCCAAGUGUAUCGUAAACGACGCCCCCUCGGCUUUCUCGAUGCCCCAUUUCUAUGGCAGCGGCUACAACUGGAGCGAACAUUUUGAAGGACUAACACCCAAUGUUGAUGAUCAUGAGCCCUAUAUACUAUUGGAGCCCAUAACGGGCAUACCAACACAAGAACGCUAUCGCUUUCAGACCAACACCCCCCUGCCGGACUUAAGUAAUUUCAAUCGAUUAGGCCGGUUGAGUCAUAUGAUCCUGCCAGGUUUCUGGUAUGAGUAUGAAACGGGUAGCCUGUCAGAUAUGGUGCUCUUUCUGAUGCAUAUACAGGUGGACGUGGUGCCCGUCUUGCAGCCCAUAUUAAUGACAGUACAGCUCCUCCUUGCAGCUUGGAGUCUGCUAAGCCUAAUACGCAUCUGCAGCAAUAGUGAGAGCUAUGGGGAGCUUUAUCAGAAGACCUGUUGCAGGACCACAGUGCUGCUGGAGAUUACGUUCAAUCAGAAGAGAACAUAUGAUCCCAAUACGCGCGUCAAAUAGUUGACGUAGCCUCCAUUUUGAUUACUCCAAGCUUUAAUCGUGUCUUUAGUUAUGGCUGUAGUUCGCCUAGAAAUAGUUUAAAUUGUUUUUAGUUCGCUUAUCAAUCAAUUAUAUUAUAUAUAUGUAUACUAUAUACUUUUAAGUCUGCCUCUUAUUUCACCUCAGCUGUCAAGCUUCCACAUUUCCUUGAAUUUGUAGGCCGCAGCAUUAUAUAAGUACUAAAUAAACAAUGUGGAAUUAUGUACUGCUGGGCACGUACCUUACUUAAGAU